AUGCAACCUGCACACAACGACAAGUACUCUCUGCUCAGAUCACUCUUUCUCGAUCCAAACAACAAACAAUGUGCAGAGUGUAACUCAAUCAACGUUCCCUAUGUCUGUAUUAAACUCGGUACCUUCAUAUGUCCAACAUGUGCACACUUCCUGAGUACACUCGAGUUUAAAGUCAAGCCAAUCAUGGGCAGCUCAUUCUCUGAAGACGAUAUAAAGAGGCUACAGGCCAUUGGCAACCUUGUUUCGAAACAGUUCUGGUUGGCCAAUUGGUCACCGGCAGAGUUCAUCCAACCUCUGCCAGACGAUCCAAAGCUCGAGCAGUUUCUUAGGAUGAAGUACAUUGAGAAGCGCUGGAUCAGCUCGCCACACGAUAGCAUCAGUCCUUCGACGGGAAGCUCGCCACUGUCAGUGUCGGGCGGCAACCAGAGCGAGCCCAACGGCAUGAACAUACCGAUGGCCACGACCAACACUUUAUCGACGUCGCAACGACUGGAUCACUUCUCGCCGUUCUCCUCGCCACACACGUCGCCCAAGCCUACAAAGUCGAUCUUUGACGAGUUGGUUCCGCCCAACCCGCUCAAGACCAGCAACGGCAUUGCCUUUACCAACACAAAUGCCAACACGAGCAACCUUGGCUUCGACGCCUCGCAUGCCAUACAGAUACCGGCCAACAGCAACAACAACAGUGCACAGCCUCUGCCACAACCUGCCGGAUUCACUGGCAACAACAACAGUUAUCAACACAUCAAUGGCUUCGAUCCAUUCUCUCCGUUUAAGACUUAUGAUGUUUCCGGAAAGCAGUUACAGGAUCAGCAACAACAACAGCAACAGCAACAACAGCAGCAACAACACCUGAAUCAAUCAGUUCCAAAACAUACAGCUUCAGCAACAGCAACAGCAACAAGUACAACAACAAGUACAACAGCAACAACAGGUACAGCAAUCGAAUCACAUCGAGAACGGCUCGAUGUUGUCGUCGUCAUCGAACCAGAACAACUUUUUGGAGAUGCUUGUAAAGAGCACGACUCCUUCGAACUCCAACACGCCAACCGGCCUCUCACCGCAACACAACGUACCGUCCGACUUCAAGGUGCACAUGAUCGACAUAUCGCAAUCCUCUGGCGCGACCAACCCAUUCGCACUUCCUCAGCAACAACAACAGCAGCAGCAACAUGUUGA